GGACGGUAGCAAUCAUCAGUCUUUGAAUGGUGCUCACCGAAUUCUGUGCUGUCCAGUAAUUUCGUUCUCAAACGUGCAAAGACACAUAGGUCUUGUGGUGCUUUUUGGUGCGUGCAGAUUUUUUUGUAUUAUAGAAGAGGCAAAAAGGUGUAUAUGCUUGAAUAGGUACAUAAGCGCAUACACAUACAUCAAAUUUUAGAAAUAUUGAAGUGCUAAAAAUAAAGUGAGAUUUCGAAAUUUGUGUUUUAAAAAGUUCUGAGCGACGUGUUGUUAGCAAAACAACACUAAGAGUAGCAAGAUUAUUAAAAUCUUGAGAUUUACCAUAACUUUUGAGUGCAUUUUAAAUAUAACAUAAAGCACUUAUUUAACCAAAAGCGAUAACGCAACGCUAUUGUGUAAAUGUUUUAAGCGGUAAUGGCAAUAAUUAUUAAAGCGUAAAGUAAAAGUGUGUAAAAGCUUGAAUGAAAUUAUACAAUAAAGUGGUAUUAGUAUAGUUUAAUAGGUCAAUCGCUGAAAGUUUUGCAACGCUCUUUACUUCAUACUUACUUACAUACAUAUAUCUACUGGUGCACCCUCAACGCCAUGAUAAACGGGUGAUAUUAUGAUUUAAAUAUAUUAAAAUAUAUUAAACACACAUACACCAGCAGGAACGUGCAACAUCUUAAUAAUUUAAGGUUACAACAACAAGCGACAAUUUCACUAAGAAUUGUUAAAGGAACAUAACAAAUCAUCUUACAGCGAGCAGUAACCAACGUUACAAACGUGUGUCAUCGUCCUUCUAAAAAUUGCCGAAAUCGGACCAUAUGUAUUCAAGGCCGAACAUAUCGAACAUGAGGACCUCAGAGCUUUGCAUAAUUUUUUUUAAUUUAUAGUUUACAAUUACAACGUUCAGAACGCCCUUAUAUGAGUGUACGAUCAAUCAAUCAACGCGCCCACAAUAAUUAAGUUAAAAUAUUAACUUAACAGGCUUUGAAAACAUUGCAAACAGACUAAGUUCAUCUGCAAUACAAUUAAAAUCCAAGCAACAAAGCCUAACAGCUGGCAUUAAAACAUCAAAACAGAUCAAAUACACAAUAAUAAGAAUAUAAUAAUAAAGAAAGCCUAAACACAACAUGCAGUGCAGUUUAGAACAGAUGAAUGACUGUGAACGUUCACCGAACCGGACAAAUCUUCGUGUCAAUUUCAAUGAGAAGGGAGCUGAAGUAAAGGAGCGACGCGAAAAGUUCCUCACCGCCAAGUAUGGUUCACAUCAGAUGAGUCUGAUACGUAAACGUUUAGCUGUAGAAAUGUGGUUGUACGAUGAACUGCAGAAGCUCUUUGAUCCACCGAGUGAGGCUAUCGAUGUGGAUAUAGAUGAGAUCUUAGACAUGGAUACUGAUGAAAUAAGAAGAUCACAUUUAAUACGUCUGCUGUCAGUCUGCAAACGCCCCCAAGCGGAUAUAACUAACGUUUCUCUCCCACAGAAAUUCAUCAGUGAUCUAUUGGAUCGAGCAAAAACACUGUAGAUUUACUGCGCUAGCGUAAUGACACUGUAUUAUUAUGUUAAAAAUAACCUGGAAAAUCAAGAAUGUGUAUUUAUUUUAAACCUAAAGCUAUAAUUUUUACACUUAACUGUUUCAAAAAAUAAUGUAAGGUUUUUUUUCUUUUCAUAAGAUUUGAUUUAAAUACAAAUUUUUAACAUGACAUGAUUUAGUAUUAAGUGAUAUUAAAAAUCAUAUAAAAAGAUAUUGAAUAUUCAUACAUUUAUACAUACAUACAUACAUACAUAGAAGUACAUAAUUUAUAAACAUUUCAUAAAGAAUUAAAAUCACGUGGAUGAUAUUUAAAUGAAGCAUGUAGUAUAACCAAAAAUAAGCAUUAAUAUACAAAUUUCAGUAGUUAAGUAUAUAUAAGUAAUUACUAAAUAAAAACCAAUUAUAGUAAAGUUAAGAAAUCACCAAGAUAUACGUUUGUAUACCAAAAAUAAAAUGAAUAAACAAUCGAAACAAAGCAACUACCAAAUUUAGUGACAGAGAAUGUUUGCAAGUUUCAGGGCUUCGUGCGAUGUAUUUUACAUCGAAAUUAAUUCAAAUAUUCAUUAAAUAUGAAUCAUACGCUAUUAAAAAUAUUAGGGUGAUGACCUAUACGUUAUUUUUUAAUUUCCGUUAAGUUCCUUUUCCUUAUCUCACAGUGUUCGAUCUUUGAUCUUUUGAGACGACAAAAAUAUAUUUAAAUAUUUGUUGAUCUAUUUAAUACAAAAAACUCGAAUUUUGCACUGUUGCAUUGUGAUAAUCUAUUAUUACCUAUUAUCAUUUUGGAUGUGCAAAAAGUUUCUCUUUAUUUCUAUGUGGAAAACUGUAUAACUGAAUGGGGUUUCUUUGUUUAAAUAAAGUUAAAAGAAUGAUAUUGGUAAUCUAUCAGUGCCUCUCCAAAUUCCUGUCGCCAUUCUCGAACAACAAAUUCAUUUUAACUAACCAGUUCAUUGAUUUGUUAAAAAAUUACGCGCAGAAUGUCUACGAGAAAUGCAUAGUUUCGUCAAGGCAAAAUUGUAAUGAGUUGAUAAUGCAUCAUUUCUAUGCGCCAUUUAUCAGAAGAAGAGAAAGAAUGGCAUUAAACCAUUUACAUCAGUGAAUGUGCACGUCUACAAACAUUUACUUAAGAUAUUGUGUAAUGAUUAAGAUCAAAAACAUUUCGGAACUAUUUUUCGAAAUAACAACUUCCAUUCUUUCGGACACUAGUAUUUGAGUAAUACGAUUGGAUUUUAGUGAGCGAAUUAGUAAGAUUGCUUUUAUAAAUCUUUCAUCAUUAUUUAUUUAUUUAUUAUUUUUUCCAUUAUUUUUUAACGUAGUAAUUGUUGUAGUUCUAAUUUCAAAUGUCGUACACUGUGCUUUCCCUUCGAUGUUUGCACAGGAGCACAUUUUAAUAAUAAUAACACGUAAUACUUCAGAAGCCUUUUCGAGAAUUGUCAGUACCAUUAGUUACAUUAUAGACGUGUUCGAAAAAAAAGAGCAACCAUCAAAUGCAACAAAAUAAUAUCAUAUUUGUUGCAUUUGAUGGUAAUUUAAUAUUUCAAAAGGUAAACUUAUCUUUAAAUAAAUAUAUGUAUAUUAGGGUUGUUAUACUGUCACAAAAUUGUACCAAGACCGCGAUGCCUUUGUCAAAGGCAUUCGUUUUUUAUAAGUAUUGUAUUAAAUUGUUUUGCUGUUCGGCUUUGACCCAUGUCGUCCAUGUUGUGGCUAUUGUUUUCAUCCCAAUAGAUACUCCAAGUAUUUCCCUUAUAAAAAUAAAUGUUUAUCAUUCGUGGGCAAUUAAAUUAUCUUCGAUUGAUCAAUAAGCGCCUUUUCCAAUUAAACACAAUUUAAUAUCUAUUUACAUUAAACAUUGAUAUUUAAAUAAAUAAAGCCUAAACAAAGAAAAAUGAUGUUUGAUGUUGCUAUUUAACAUUGUUAUUAUUUCUAAAUAAAUUAUUCCGAACGUCAACCAACAAUGUUGCCAGUAUAAUGAAUGUGCCUUCGACAACCCCACAACCCACAACUAACAUACAGAAUAUUUAUUAUUAUUUUUAAAUUCUUGCAGUUCCUAUGUUAUCGAACACGUCUGUAUAUCAACACAAAUAAUAACUGUGGGCGACGUUUUAAGGCAUGUGACAAAUCACAGGCGCACGAAGUUUAGUUAUUUAGAAGACGAAUUAAUUGUAAUAAUUAUUAUAAUUAAGUUAAGGGCUUUAGCUAAUCGGUUCCCCUAUCAGUGCCGAGUGCUCCCGCUUCUCGACCAACACUUGUUUUCUCGAUUUAGUUGCAUACUAAUUGUAAGCAAGAGGCUUAUGUAUGUCGAGUAUUGUAAGUUUUGCAUUACUAUUUAAUAUUUGUAAAACAUAUGGGUGAACACAAAUUUGUAAAGUAAUGUAAAUCACCAAAAUAUAUAAGAAAGCUCAGGUUCACUGCCAAAAGAUAAUAUGCAUCUCUAAACUGAAUGCAUAUGAAUUGAGUUGUAUAGGUGUGAGAAACUAACAAAAAUAUUUAUAUAAAUUGGAGUCGAAAAUGUUUUCAAUUUAAAAUGUGUGCAAAGAAUGAAUAUAUGUUAUGUGUAUGUAGUAAAUAAGUGGAAUACUCGAAAUACAAAUCAAACAUUAUCAAGCUAAAUUCAAAGAUAAUUUUUUAUAAAACUUCCCAAUCAAAAUAUAACACACAAAUUUGAUUAUACAGUUAAGAGCCGUAUUAUAAAUAUUAUUUAAACAAUAUCCUUAGUAAUUGACACUUACUCUUAGUAAGUCAUUCUAAUCAUAGACUAAUAUCAUAGUUUGGGGGCUGCGACCGGAAUUCGAAAUAACGACUUAAACUCACUCGACUACGGCUAUGAUAUAAAAUCCUUUCAUGUUGAAUAUAUUUUUGUUCCAUCAGACGAAAUUAAUGCUUUUCUGGUUUUCUUUCUUCAACUAACGGUUUAUUUAAGAUUACGUUCAUGCUAAAAACGUUGUGAGAACAGUUUUUAUCUACCUAGAAAUGUAUAUUUGGCAGCAAAAAGUUUAGCAGAACUAAGUGCUUGGGGAAACGAACAAUCUUUAACUAGAAAUAUUUCGCAUAUUUUUCGAAAAUGUAUAAAACAAUAUAAGAAUACUAUUACAUAUAUUGUAUAUAAGUCCCCAUAUAUAUAAUUAUUAAAAAAAUAUUCUUCAUAAUCAGGAGCAGCCGGAGAAUUAAAAUUUCAAAAUGAAACUGUUUAGAAACAUGCAAAUUGUUAUUAUUUAUUAAUUAUGUUAAACGUUCUUCUUAGAACAUUUGGCAAGAGUUUUGGUAAUAUUGUAUAAUGGUCAUUUGAGAAUGUCGUACAUGAAAAGAUAUUGACGGCUUAAAAUUGGUAUUUAUGUUUGCUAUAUCAUACAUAAUUAUAAUGUUUUCGUAGUGGUUUUUGUAUUCUGAAUUAAAGUUUCAAAAUGUGGGAAAUAUGAAAUAAAUUUGACAAACCCUUAAACCCACUGCGAUUCUGGAAUGAAAACACUAAAUAAAUUGUAAUUUCACUAUAAUCGUAUAAUAUAAGGAGAACCAUUUUCUAAUGAGUUCAUACGACUUCACGCAAUGUCUAACUCCUGUACAUAUAUACAUAUGUAUAUAUGUAUGUAUAUUUGCAGGCGAAUUUUCAUGUUAAAUAAGAAACAAUUAUACUCUGAGAAAACUGACGCGAGAGUAUAAUAAAGCUCACUUUUUAAACUUAAAAUUUACUCGAAUACGAUUUUAAUAUAAAAAUCGAUAAUCUGUAAUGUUAUAUACAUUUUAAACGUUUUUUUACUAAUUCACCAUAACGUUUAAACAAAAUAGAUGAAAUUUCUUCAUAUGUCUAAGAAGAUUUUUUAUUCUACUUCCACAGCACUUAAACUAGAACUCCUCUAGCUAUGAAAUAAUCAAACUUGUUAAAUACUUAUUUCCGACUAUGCAUACAAAAAAAUUUUCAAACAAAGCCAAAUCAAUAUGAAUAAAAUAUAUAUAUGUACAUACAUAGUAGUUUUCUAAAGAUCUAAAAUCUAUCAUGAAUAUGUCACACUUAUUGCAGGGGUAUGAAAAAGUCCGUUUUCAAACACUUUUUGUUGUGAAAUCUGAAUUGAUGCUUACCAAUCCAUUGAAAACUUAAUGAAACAUAAUUGCUUUUGUGGAAAUGUAUGUAUGUAUGCAAGACUUAUUUUAACAUAAGAGGGUUUAAGAACUCAUAAUUUAUAUUUAAUGUAUACUCGUGAACUAUAGUAUACACAAAUAAGCAUAAUCACAUAAACCGAACAAAAUGCAAAACGAAUAUAAAUAAGACAAGUAAUAAGAGCAUCAAGAGCGAACUUUGUAUUUUACGAGAAAAUAAAAUUAUUUGCUUUGAAAAA